GCUCCGUCCCUCCCUCUCCCUCCGUCCCUCCCUCCGCAGCGAGCCCCGGCAUCCCGGGACACCGGCAUCCCGGGACAGCGGCACACCGCGACAGCGCGACAGCGCGACAGGGCACCCUCGCGGGCAGGACCCACCCCCGGCAUCCCCGGAGCCCGGCUGCCGAGUGCCAUGGCCGCGAGCCCCCGCUGACAUCGCCCCCCACGCCUUGGGGUGCCCCGCUGGCAUCGCCCCCCACGCCUCGCGGUGCCCCUGCUGACAUCGCCCCCCACACUUCGCGGUGCCCCCGCAGCCAUGGGUGACUCCUACGCCGCCGCCUUCCCCAGCGCCCCGGGGCUGCUGUCGCCGUCCGCCAGCCCCCAGGCCUCCCCCGGCCCCUACGGCCCCGACUACGGCCCCUUCGGGCACCCCUUCCCAGCCCCGUCCGGCGCCCAGGAGGUGCUGGGGGCCCCCGUGGUGGUGGCCAAGGGGCACCCCGCGGGCGAGUGCCUGCCGGGGGUGUACCCCUCGCUGGAGAUGCCGCACCCCUACGGCUCCUGGUACAAGGGCGGCAUCGGCGGGGGGCUGCCGGGGGGCUCCGGGCCCGCGGCCCCGUCCUGGUGGGAUGUGCACCCCAACGGGGGCUGGCUGGGGGGGCCGGCGGGCGCCGAGGGGCUGCAGGGCUCGCUGCAGGGCCAGCCCACCCUCAGCCCCCCUCUGCCCACCUACGGCUCCGAUUUCGGCGCUCUGAACCCCCCUCCAUACACCAACGCCCCCGCGGCGCCCCCCGCCCCUAAACCCGCGCCGGGCGAGACCCCCAAGGGUCCCCGCGGCGGCUCCUUGGGGGGACGCCCGGCGUGCGAUUGUCCCAACUGCCAGGAGCUGGAGCGGCUCGGGGGCCCGGCGGGGUCGCGGCGGAAGCCGGUGCACAGCUGCCACAUCCCGGGCUGCGGCAAGGUGUACGGCAAAGCGUCGCACCUGAAGGCGCACCUGCGCUGGCACACGGGCGAGCGGCCCUUCGUGUGCAACUGGCUCUUCUGCGGGAAGCGCUUCACCCGCUCCGACGAGCUGGAGCGCCACGUCCGGACCCACACGCGAGAGAAGAAGUUCACCUGCCUGCUGUGCAGCAAGCGCUUCACCCGCUCCGACCACCUCAGCAAGCACCAGAAGACCCACGCCGACCCCCCCAAGCCGCCCCCCGGCGCCGAGCAGCCCCCGGCGUCCCCCCGGCCGCCGCCCGCCUCGCCCGGCAAGGACGGCGGCAGUCCCGAGGCCGGGAGUUUGUUGGAGAUUUGAGCCUUUCCGCCUUCAUCUUCCUCUUCCUCCUCCUCCGCGCCGCUGGGGAUAUUUAUUACGGGGUGCUGCUCCCCCCAAGCCCCCUCCCCCUCAGUUCCCCAGCUCCUCGUUAGCC